UUUUAAUUUAGCGAAAUUGGGGAAUUAAUGCCUCAUUUCAUCUCCAUAUUCUUCGUCUUACAUCUAAAAUUCCGAACAAUCAUACACCACACAUCCCGGAAAUGUCCCGCGACCAAUUGGUCCCAGUUCUGAUCACUGAUACAAAUUUUGGCUUCUCAAAGUUAUAAAGCUGACCUUCGCCCAAAAUCGAUACCACAAAAAAACAACCAACUUUACGACCUUGAUAUCACUUUCAAAUUUCAUCUUAGCGACUCAAAUGGAAGAAAAUACCGAUUUCCAGGAUGCCCAUGCUGGACAAGUCAGUCUCCUAAGACCUGAUAUAAUCUAUUCGGCGGAAGACAAUUCCAAAGUGAUCUGGGACAACGAAGCCUACAAUUGGAUCCAUGGAGAAGAUGCCCCCGAAACUGUCAACCCCUCUCUUUGACGUCAAUCCCGACUUUGCCGCAUUCAAGGACUUUUUAACAUAGCUGAUAACAUCUAUCAAGUCCGUGGACUUGACCUUGCCAAUAUCACAUUUGUGGAGACUCCCAAUAACGGUGUCAUCGUGAUCGACUGCCUUACCUGUUAUGAGACUGCUAAACAGGGUUGGAAGCUCUACAAUGAAGAACGACCAGACAAAGUAGUCAAAGCAUUGAUUUACACUCACUGCCAUGGCGAUCACUUCGGUGGUGCACUCGCCAUUGUCGAAGCAGCACCAAAGGAGCCAACCCUCCCAAUUUUCGCCCCCGAUGGAUUUCUUGAGCAUGCAGUAAGCGAGAACAUCUACGCUGGAAAUGCAAUGGGCCGUCGUUCCGUCUACAGUAGGUGUACUCCGAGUCUAAUAUCCUAUUUUGGGUUGUUUGGAAGAUUUAAGUCAUUAUUUCCUUCUCGAAUGGCUUUUUUAUUCUCUCUAUCCUCCAUCCUCAUUGUUCCAUCCAUCUAGAAAUGGCAAUAAUAAUACUGAAACUUUCUGCAGUGUACGGUACCUCACUUGACAACACCCCAACUGGGCAAGUUGGUUGUGGUCUUGGAAUGAAUAUCUCCAGCGGUAAGAGUGGUCUUGUUCAACCCACAAAAAACAUUAAAAAAACAGGAAUAAAACAUAACAUUGAUGGACUUGACAUUAUCUUUCAAGUAACCCCCGGCACGGAAGCACCUGCUGAGUAAGUGCUCCAUUCCUGUCAUUAAACACUCCAUUUGGAAGUAGUCUGUAUUAGGUUUCACCUUACUCUCUGCUCUAGAGUCACCGUUAUAUUCUAGAUAAAGAUAUAUAUGACACACGCUAAUUUACCUCAGAAUGAACUUUCAUUUCCCGCAGUACCGAGCCCUCUGCAUGGCUGAGAAUCUCACUCAUACUAUGCACAAUAUCCAAACUCCGCAUGGGGCCUUGGUACGAGAUGCUAGGAUGUGGUCCAGGUAUCUCGAUGAAGCACUUGUGCUGUUUGGUAAUGAGACGGAUAUUGUAUUUGCAAGUCAUCAUUGGCCCACCUUUGGUUAUGAGAAGAUUAUACAAUUUAUGUCCGAGCAACGGGAUCUUUACGCCUACCUUUAUAACGAAACGCUUCGAUUUCUUAAUGCUGGACAGACUUGCUUGGAGGUGGCGGAAGACUUUGUGCUACCGCCUUCUUUGGAUAAACUAUGGAACUCGCGUGGCUACUAUGGAAGUACCAGCCACAACGUCAAGGCGGUCUACAAUCGCUACAUGGUUAGUCCGACCUCUCUCAUGAGUAAUGCUGCCUCGUCUUAAUCACCAUCAAGCUAACAUGGAAUUCUACAGGCAUGGCUCGAUGGUAACCCCGCUCACCUUUGGGAACAUCCUCCUCAACCCGCGGUAAAAAGAUAUGUGCAAUGCAUCGGGGGUACUGGCACGGAUGCUCUCGAUAUAUUCAUUCAAAAAGGAGUAGAAUACCGUGAAAAUGGUGAUCUUCGAUUUUCAGCCACCCUACUCUCCCACGCCGUUUUCGCGGAUCAAACAAACCAAACAGCACGACAAGAACUUGCAACCACCUACCAGAAGCUUGGUUACGGAGCUGAGAACGCAACGUGGCGAAAUAUCUACUUGGUCGGCGCCACAGAACUCACCUCUAAGAUCACUCCUUCAACCCUUGCCAUGUCGGUCGAGGCGCUUCAAGCUUUGAACGAUGAUCAACUGACUGACACGAUGGCCAUUAGAGUUGAGGGAGCCAAGGCUUGGGAUUAUAAUUUUACGAUUGAUGUCAUGAUUACUGAUGAGAUUAAGGAAGUUCAGAGUGGGUGGCAUAUGAAUUUGAGUCACGGUGCACUUACAGGUCAUGCCAUCGAUUAUUUGGCGGAAAGAGCUCCAUUGGAGGGAACCACCAAUCUGACAAUCUGGCCCACACGAGCCGAAUUCAUUGAAUUGGUGAGUGGCGCGAAAAAGAAUGUUGAGGGGAUUAAGUAUAAUGGUGAUCCGAAUAUUUGGGUUCAAUUAAUCUCUACGCUUGUGACAUUGGAUACUGGGUUUGCUAUUGUUACUCCUGAGCCGGUGAAGGAUGCAAAUUGGAAAAGCACUGAUGCUGCGGCUCUUAGGUUUUGUCCAAGUUGA